AUGAAAUGUGGAAUCCUGUAUCGCAUAAGCGCGCUCGCAAUAUGGGCGGCGCUGCUCAGCAGUGGCAAAGCAAUCACUGUAAUACGCAAGCAUACACUUAUAGGAGCUACCCAGAAUCACCCAUGCAAAGAACUGAUAGCGAGACUAAAGAAAACCAAAGGUGAAACUUGUAAUUUCUUCUCGUGUAUAGGAGCAAGGAAACGGGAACAAAGAAAAGCAUUGCUUGAGGCAUUCAAUAUUGAUCACAAACAAUCAUCGACAUUAUAUGGACCUCUAAAACCAAGAUGUGACAUUUGGGAACUGGAACAACCGAAACAGUCAACGUUAAUCCUAGAUGUUGAUAUUCCACCAACGGAAGAUGAUAUGACUAGCGAGUUGAACAGAAAACAAAUUAUGCGCAUAUGUCAUCGAUCAAGUGUGGUAUUGGUACACCUUAACCAACAGGAUAUACGCUAUAAUGGAAAGUCGUUCCAAAUAAACCGAGAAGCUAGGCAUCUAUUAAGAGAUUUGGCAAAGGGACAAAAAGGUAGAAAUACACCAGAUGUAUAUGUAUUCUUGCCGGAUAUAAACACGAUUAAACAGGAUGCUACGAAAGAGGAUCGAACAGCAUACGAACAGUUUAAAACACACCUAUACGAACUAGUACACAAGAACAAUAAGUUUCAUUUUAAAUCGUAUGGAGAUCAAAAUAAUGUCUACAAAAAUAUAAAGAACCAAGAUGGAGCAACAAACACAGCAGAUAUCGCAAGAACCAUCGAUAUGGAUAAUGACGAUAAAGAUGAAACAACGAAUAGUUCGUUAGUGCAAAUAAGAGAGGCGUCUUUUGGACAACAUAGAAUGUUCCUAAAGGAUCGAAUGGCAGAAAUUUAUAGAGGUUCAAAGCAACCUACGUUCGCAAAUGCCGUGCAAUCGUCGAUGGUGGAUGCAGCACUAGCGUUCUAUCUACGGACAAGACACAUUAAUGAUGAUGAGAUGAUAACACACUAUCUGGAUCAAGAAUAUAAACAUAUGGCAAUAUUCGCAGCAGAUGCAUACCUCAGAAUAAUCAUGCAAACAGCAGCAGAAGCUAAAAACAGAUUAAGAAAGGAACUUGGAGAUGACCCCAAACAGGAUACGGACAUACUUAUUAACACUAUAUUGGCAGAUCAUGACAGUCAACUAGCAGAUGCAUUGGAAUCGUUGUCAAACAAAAUGAAGCCACCUGAAUGGUUAAAAAAUACAGCAGAAGAAGUUAGAAAUCAACUAAGGGACAACCUAAGCGCUAUUGUGGCCAUGCACAAAGGAAUACCAAAACCAACAGCAUAUACGAAACAUGAACGCGCAGUAGAAAAAAACUAUGCUAAACAAAAGAAAAAACGAGGAAUCAACGUUAUGCUAGCAAUAUCGUGUAUGCUACGCGAACGAGGAUAUGGCAAUAGGCAGGGAUACAUCAAUUAUCAAUGGGGACCAUUGAUAUUGACUUUGGGUUAUGCUAAUGACAGAGAUAUAGCUGAAAACAAACCGGGGACCGGGCUUUUGACACCAGCGUUCCGAAUACAGCCAAAACUACAUGUCAACAUUAGCCUGUGA